AUGAACUUCUCAUGGGCAACAGCUUCUUUUUUUAUUGCGAUGGACCUAUUGAUGGCACUUUCACCAAUCACUCUCAUCAAAACGUUGAAUCGCCCUUUGAGAGAGAAGGUUCUCGUUGCCGGUCUAAUGGCACUAGGACUCCUAACGACAGCUGCAGCAGGUGCCAAAAUGUCGACAUUCCCAGGAAUUUACAAGGGAGACGUUCUUCAGGGACAAAUGCUGGCAUCCCUCCUGGCAAAACUCGAGGAGCAGAUAGGAAUAAUCUGUGCCUGCUUGCCGACGCUAAAAGGUCCAGCAGAACGGCUGCUGAUUCGUCUCGGUGUUCUGUCUCACGAACUUCGAUUCUCUAGGCCAAGCUUCGUCAUGUCUGCUAGACGACAAGCAACUCCAACAUUAACAAGCCGUACAUUGGAGUCAUCGAAUGUGGACAGUGAUUACAACAGUAAUGUGACCACUUUAUGGCUUGAUUCGCAGAAUUCGAAAUCAACAAAAGGUGACUCGGGCUUCGACAGUCUUUCCCAGAGCUCAAGCAAACAGAGUUUAGCUCAAGGUACUAAGGCGCCCGUUGUGAGGGUUGAAGAAGUGUAG